AUGAGAUGGAGGAAAUCAGAAUUUAUAUCCCUGGUCUUGGGAAUAGCAGUUACUCUAGCUCAGGAGGAAGAGAAUGAUGUCAGCACUGAAUCUGAACAAAAAAAUGUAACAGACAACGGUUCCCCAGCUGCCCGACAAACCAGCACAGAAGAGCGUGAACAAGAGGAGAAGGAAAAAGAAGAAAAAUCACGAGAAAAAGAUGAGGAAGGAAGCGAAAGGGUGUCAUUUAUACAUUAUUUUCGAGAAGAUUGUGCAGACUCACAUGAUUUGUGCAAAUUUUGGUCUUCGAUUGGAGAAUGCGAUUCGAAUAAAGAAUGGAUGGAAGACAACUGUCCUGUUUCAUGUGAUAAAUGCAAUGGUACGAUGACAUGUAUCGAUCGUCAUAGAUUAUGCAACUUCUGGUCUGCCAUAAAAGAAUGUGAAACAAAUGCAGUAUGGAUGUUCUCGAAUUGCGCCAAGUCUUGUAAAGCAUGUAGAGGACGUACUAUCAGUGGAGUCAGUGGUUCACGUAGUGAUGGUGGUUUCAGGGAAGAAGAUUGUACCUUUGUCACAACUCAUGAAGAUACGUCUAUAAGGAAAACUCUUUCAAUAAAUGACGUUCGGAACAGUAACGCCAACUUCCAUUGUGCUCCAACUCAGCAAGCUCCCAACUGCAAUCGCAAUCUUUGCUAUCACUUAAGAUUCCGUACGUUCGAUGGUAGCUGUAACAAUUUUGACAGCCCUCUCCGGGGAUCUGCUUUCAGUUCACUGAUGCGUUUGAAGCAGCCUUUAUAUGAUAACGGGCUCAAUGCUCCAACAUCUUCCUUCACGAGAACAAGGCCAUCAGCUCGUGAUGCCUCACGUCUUCUCCUAGCUUCAUCUUCACAGAUUCCUCAUCAUUCCAAUGCCCUUCUCAUGCAAUGGGGACAGUUUAUUGCUCACGAUCUCUCUAAAACCACUAUGCUCAAUAACCAAGAGUGUGCUGCAUGCACUUCUAAUGGAGGAAAAUGUUUCUCCGUUUUCUUAUCUCGUGCUGACCCAACUUUCGGACGGUUUAUGUGCCUUCCUGUUGCACGUUCUACUCCUGUGUGUGGUACUGGUACUACAUCUCCACGUGAACAGUUCAAUGAAAAUACUGCAUUCAUCGAUGGAUCAAUGAUUUAUGGGUCCAGUGAUCGGGACCAAUUUCUCUUCCGUCAAGGAGCCUUCUUGAAGACUAAAAUGGUCAAAACCCGUGUCUUCCCACCCAUUGACACUAAUAUGAAUGUUGUGGCGGGCGAUGACAGAGCCAAUAUUUUUGUAGGUCUGGCUGCAUUACAUACUUUGUUCUUGAGAGAGCACAAUAGAAUGGCUGCUACUCUGCAACGUGUCAACCCACAUUGGGAUCAAGAGCGUAUUUUCCAUGAGACUAGAAAGUUAUUAGGAGCUGUUAUUCAACGAAUCACUUAUCAUGAAUAUCUCCCACGAGUACUUGGAGAAGAUUUCGAAAGACGUAUUGGCAAGUAUAAAGGUUAUGAUGCCGAAACUGACCCAUCUGUUGCGAACGAGUUCACCUCAUGUGCUUUCCGAUUCGGACACGGAAUGAUUCAAGAGUUCUACCCAUUCUUAAACGAAAAUUUCCAACAUAUUGGAGGUAUACCAUUUAAUGAUGGAAUGUUCAAAAGUUUACAUAUAAUCAAUAAUGGCAUUGAUCCCCUUCUUCGAGGUCUCUUAACCUUACCCGCAAAAAUGCCGCAGAGGUUGACCCCUGCUGUAACUGAACGAAUUUUUGGAAAUUCUGACUUAGGAUCCAUUAAUAUUCAAAGAGGAAGGGAUCACGGUGUUCCCGGCUUUACCGCUUGGCGUAAGUUCUGUGGUCUAUCAGAAAUUAAGGACUUUUCUGACCUUAACGCUACCAUUUCUAACCCUGUUGUUAUUGACAACCUUAAAGUUAUAUAUAAACAUGUCGAUGCUAUUGAUAUGUACGUUGGUUCUUUAUUGGAAGAUCCUGUAGAAGAUUCCUUGGUGGGUCCAACUAUUGCCUGCAUUAUUGGUGAGCAGUUCCGUAGAACCAGAGAUGGAGACAGAUUCUAUUUCGAAAACGACAAGAUCUUCACACCUGGUCAGCUUCGGCAAAUCAAGAAAAUGACCAUAGCUCGAGUAUUAUGUGAUGCUGGAGAGCAUUUCUCAUUUGUUCCAAAGACUGCAUUCAAUGUAUUCAAUCCUAAGAAGGAUGAGCUCAUGAGAUGUGACGAAAUUCAAGACAUAGACUACAAUGAAUGGAAAGAGGAAUUAGUUGUUUAA